CCUGAUAUUUUUCUUUGGAUUCUCUCAAGCUGAUGAUUUGCCUGAACCCCAGACAGAGAGGCAGUCUGCAGAGCUAAAGCAGAGAGAAUGGAUUGGAAAAAUUCAGAGCUCGGGAGAGACCUGUGAAGGUCAAGACUUGAAGAGCAGUGGGUCCUGAGUGCCUAAAAGUUGCCGCCAAUAAGAGGAGAAAGACGUUCACGUCUUGUUAGUAAAGAAACAAUGGCACCAUUCACUUAUUUCGGAGUUCUGUCUGGAGCUGUUCGUGAAGUCAGAAGGAAGAGUUCUGUGGAAGAUACGAUAGAAGAGAGAAUUGUAUGGUUGCUCUUUCUACUAGAUGGGCUGCCUGGUGGAGUAGAACCGAGAGCGUAAUUAUACAGGUUGCAGGUAUAAAGGGCAGUGAACAGGCAGAAAAAUGUUUCUGGUAGCUUGUGACACCGGCAGUUCAAGAAUGGACAGAAAACAUGGGAAAUACAUCGUGAAUGUCGAACAUUCUGAAAACCAGCCAUCAUUCCUGAACCUAAGAAACCAUGAAGCUCACAGAUCAGCAUGUCAAUUUCCAACAUCAACUGAUGUGACUGGUGAUGUAACUGUGACUGGUACUGAUUUAACUGGUGCCUGCGCUGACACAGGGACCCUUGGACACUCAGCAUUUCCAAACAGAGAAUCCCAACGUUGUCAGGUGACACAAAAUUUCUUCACCGACCGGUCUCUUUGGAAGAUCUUCCUGGCUUGUCUCUUAGCCUGUGCUAUAACAACAACAAUUGGAGUACUCAUAGAGUGCCUGGUGUAUAAUGGGAAGAAUGAUAAUACCUCCAUUGUUAUUCAGCUUCCUCAAAACCACGGGACAACCUCAUCUACUAUUUCUGAAACUAUAGUUCCUACUGCGAUAACAGAUUCUACCAGCACAUCCGAUUCAACUACCAUCACUAUGACUGCUGCUAGCACUUCAAGAGAACCAACUAGUACAAAAACCAUUGCUUCUACUGACACUCUCACAGCAACAGCCACCACUGCAACUUCUCCCACUUUUACUGAACUUAAAACGACAGCAGGAACAAGCAAUUCAACUAAACCAAAUCCCACAAUGACUGCCAGCAAUGCUACUGAGGCAAAAACAACAAAGACCACUCCUCCUGCUUCUGCUGAACCUGCAGCCACAGCAACAGUCACCGAUUCACUUCAACCCACUACCACAAAGAUUACCGGCACAACCACUGAGCCUACAACCACCACAGCCACCGCUACUGCCUCUACAGAACCUACAACCACCACAGUCACCAGCACUCUCUCUGUCAAACCCACAAUCACCACAGCGGCCACUACCUCAUCUGAACUGACUACUACAGAAACUUCCAGCACUAACACUGAGGCUAGAAUCACCACAGCUGCCAUUAUAAUGUCUGCGGUACCUACAACCCCCGAGGCCACUGCUAUAACUGCUACCAAACCUACCACCUCCAAGGCUACUUCUACAACUUCUACUGAAACUGCUAUCACCAUGGCCACCACGACUUCUAACAAGCCUAUGACCACCACAGCUACCAUUACAACCUACUGAACCUAC